AUGCAAAACUACAAGAAGGUGAAGGUUGUUGGGAAAGGUACCUUCGGACAAGCUGUCCUUGUACAAUCAAAGAUAGAUAAUAAUUUAUAUAUUAUAAAACAAAUAGAGAUAUCUAGUAUACCUGAAAAAGAACGAAAGGAAGCAUUGAACGAAGUCAAGGUUCUGAGCUCUCUGCAACACCCAAAUAUUGUAAAAUAUGUUGACUCUUUCACAGAAGGAGGAAAGUUAAAUAUCGUAAUGGAAUAUGCCAGUCAAGGAGAUUUGUACGAGAAAAUUAAGUUACAAAAAUCAACACUUUUUCCUGAAGAGAAAAUACUCGACUGGUUCAUACAGAUAUGUAUGGCUGUAAAAUACAUUCAUGAUAGAAGGAUUUUGCAUCGAGAUUUGAAAACACAAAAUAUAUUUAUUGCGGCAGACGGAACCGUCAAGCUUGGAGAUUUUGGAAUUAGUAAGGUGCUACAAUCAACCAUGGAGUGUGCAAAAACCCUAGUUGGUACUCCUUACUAUUUAAGCCCAGAGCUCUGUCAAGAAAAACCCUACAACAACAAAUCAGAUGUAUGGUCUUUGGGAUGUAUAUUAUAUGAGCUAACAACGCUCAAACAUGCAUUUGAGGCAAACAACAUGAAGGCAUUGGUUGGCAAAAUUUUAAGAGGAACAUAUCCACCCAUUAGUGCCACAUACACAGCAGAACUGAGAAAUCUUGUUGCAAAGAUGCUUCAAAAAGAUCCUAAAGACAGACCUAGUAUCAACUCUGUGUUAAAAGUGCCUUUCAUUCAACAAAGAAUGGAGUUUCUCCUUGCGAAAGGAGAAUCAGAAAUGAGUGGUGAAAAGAAAGACUCUCCGUCCAUCUCUAUAAUUUCAGAUUCCAGUAAUGCCAAACCUCCAAUAACUCCACCCACAGCCCUUAAAGAUAACAAAGUUUUUGCAAGCAACACAAAUAACAACAAAAUGCCCAUUAUUGUUAAUAAUAAUCCUCCUCCACUGUUAGCAAAAUAUAAUGAAAAAGACAUUAGAGUUCCAUCGAGCAAAUUACCUUCGGCUGCUCCCUCGAAAGUUGGUAACUUGGCAGACCACAGGAAUUUAGAAGAGAAACGAAGGAAAGUAUUGUUAGAACAACGCGAGAAAGAAAAAGAAAGGCUACUAAAAUUGCAAAAAGAGAAAGAAAAACGACAGCAGGAAGAAGACCAACGGUUAAAGGACAUUGCAGAGAGAAGACGAGAGUAUGAAUUAAAACAAAAACAAUAUGUAGAAGAAAAACUGGAGAGAGAACGAAGGUCAAUAUAUGAAGAAGCAAGAAUUAAUGCUUUAAGAAACAAGAUGAGGGUUAAACAAGACGAGGAAAGCGUUUACAAUAACAAGUAUCUAAACAAAUACCUUCCAAAAGAUGACAUACCAUCAAAAGAAAAUAAGCUGAAGAAAGAGGAGGACCUUAAAAAGAAGGAAGAAGAAAAGUUAGCCCAAUUUAGAAAACAACAAUAUUGGGAUAUAAGGAAACAGGCAGAGGCGAAUAGAAAAAGAGUCGAGUCACAACUACUCGAAGGAUCAGAUUCAGAAAAAUCAGAAGCGCCAUCUGUUUUUGAUGAAGGUAACAAGCUGUCUCUCGCUGAAAGACAAUUGUUAGCAGAAGAAAAGCGAAGAAAGGAGCGAUUAUUGAGAUUGAGGGGAAAUGUCGUGAAUAAUGACAAUUACAACAGUGGGUAUAGAUCAAAUAUUUUAAUUAACGAUCAACAUAACCAAUUUAAUCAACAUUUAGACGAAGUAAAUAUGAACAAUGCAAUAUUGAUAUCCAUGAAAAACGUGGUUGGAGAUAUUAAGAAGAAUAAUUCAAACGAUGAUGAUGAGAUAUUUACAAGCGAAGAGCAACAAGCUAAUUCUCCAGUUCCCCAAAAAUUCAAGCUAAUGGGGAAAACUCUUCAGUUAAACAACGCCAAAGACAACGAUUCUCUUCACUUUAGGAUUGAAUCCCUUCGAAAGUUUUUGGAAGAGGCGCUUGGCGAUGAUGUACUGAUUCGAGUAUACAAGCUAUUGAGAAGAGAUGAUGUAGCUGAGGGAAUAAUCGAGUGUCAGAUUCAGGAACUACUUGGAAUCAAGCAUUCCUAUUUACCCCUUGUACAUCAAUUAAUAUUUUGUGAAGACAUUCUAAAUGAAAAUCAAAUCAGCUAA